GGGUGCGGCCGCCGGUGGCAGGGUGGCAGCUCUCGCAUCGCAGGCAGCGCCUCAACCACGCGGAAUGGAUGCUCCGGACUGCGAGGCGGCUGCGGAGCCCCCGGCCCCCGCCUGCAGCUGCGUGGCCGCCUGGUGGGACAUGGUCAGGCGGAACCUGCGAUCUUUUCCACAUUCCUGCUCAGCAUUGGGAAGAAAAAUUGUUGCUGUGCACCGAAGCUUUACGAGUAAAUCUUUGAAAGAACAUAUCUUCCCUCGUCUGAUGAACAUGUUGAUUUAUUUUAAUUGUUAUAAAGCCCCUUUUCUUGUGGAUUUAAAGAAACCUGAGUCAAAGAUUGCUCACACAGUGAACUUCUACCUCAGGCCUGAGCCUGGGGUGCUGUUGGGCAUCUGGCACACGGUCCCCAGCUGCCGGGAGGAGGAUGCUAAGGGGAAGGACCGAUGCUGGUACGAAGCCGCCCUUCGUGAUGGAAACCCCAUUAUUGUUUAUCUCCACGGCAGUGCAGAACACAGGGCAGCUCCUCACAGAAUUAAGCUGGCAAAGGUGCUGAGUGAUGGAGGCUUUCAUGUUUUGUCUGUUGACUACCGAGGGUUUGGAGACUCUACAGGGACGCCCACGGAGGCAGGACUGACCAUGGAUGCUAUUUGUGUCUAUGAAUGGACGAAGGCAAGAAGUGGAAGCACCCCAGUAUGUCUGUGGGGCCACUCUCUGGGUACAGGUGUUGCAACAAAUACCGCGAGAGCAUUAGAGGAGAAAGGAUGCCCAGUAGAUGCUAUUGUUUUGGAAGCUCCAUUUACCAACAUGUGGGUGGCGAGUAUCAACUAUCCUCUGCUAAAGAUUUGCCAGAAGUUUCCAAGAUGUUUACGCACGCUUAUGGAUGCCCUUAAAGAAGAAAAAAUAGUCUUUGCUAGUGACGAAAAUGUGAAGUUCCUGUCCUCCCCCCUCCUCAUCUUGCAUGGAGAAGAUGACAGGACAGUGCCUCUGGAGUAUGGAAAGCAGCUCUAUGAAAUUGCACGCAAUGCCUACAGGAACAAAGAGAGGGUUAAGAUGGUUAUCUUUCCUCCUGGCUUCCAUCACAACCUUCUUUGUGAGAGCCCCCUGUUUCUAAGAAGUGUGAGAGAUUUCCUGAGCCAGCAGUGGGCAUGAGGUCAGGGAGCAGCAGAAAUCUUCAGUGAAGAUUUGGUUCAAACACCGUCUGAGCUGUGUGGUUACUUCAUACAGAAUUGCACCAGGGUUGGUUGCUCAGAGGAGCUAAAGCU